AUUUUCCCCGCGAGUCUUCGAGCUCGAGUGUUGCCGUCGUGAGCGCAUCUUCAGACGGCCUGCUGCCUCUGAAGGAAUGGGAGAACAAACUAAAGACUUGCAUCGAUAUGAUUUUUUUUCCUCGGGAGCAUGGGAAAGAACGGCAAAGCACGGCUCAUCACUUUAACGCCAAUUGUUGGACGCUGUUGCCGCUUUGCAUGGGUAAAUAGAUGGCAAAUGUGCUGUAGAUUACUUAGAUCUUCAAGAAGAUGUUUUCGAAGUUGGUUCCUUGCAUAUGAUAAUUUCAGGGUCUCCAUGUUUAUAUUUUGUAUCAACAUACUCAUACGCAUAGGUCAACAAAAACAAGAUUGCCACAUUGGUUGGAUCGGACACAGCAGUCGCCCUCAUUUUUCAGUAUUUAUAUAAGGAUAUAGUAUUAGUCGACAAAGAGGAACUUCAUCCGCAGCAGCAUUACGAAAAAUUGUGUAUACGCUUUCUAUCUUGUAAACGAUAUAAUUGUCUCGCAAACACGAACACAAUAAUACAGCGGCAGACAGCAACCUAACCGCAGCUUGGCAUUCCUUUCUGAUCGCGGAUCCCACCAAAGAGGCGACAGAACGAGUGGGGGAAGACGACGAGCAUGCAGAAGAGCGAAACAUUGCUAUGCGUAUGAUUCGUUUACACAACCUGAAAUUGCUGUUGGACAUGCACAAAUUUUUGAGGGACGGUGACGAAUGCGAAGGCGAGCUCGCAAGAUCGAUUCUGGAGAAUGUAAGAGAAGGAGGACAACAAGAUGCUGGGGGCUCUGCGGGUUCGUCUGGUGAGACAAAACAACUUCAGUUAGUUCAGCCACCAACAAUUCUUCUGGACAAGGGCGAUUCCUCCCCAAAAGCGUCGCAUCUGAUUUCGAAUGCUUUUGCUUUUAAU